AUGUAUUUUACGAAGAAAUUAAGAAAUAAGGAACCCCAUUAUAUGCACACACUUUUGAAUGUGCAUUUAAAAAAUAAUAUAAUAAAAAAAAAACACCACCGUUUUAAGGAUAUUAAUAAGCAUGUAUAUAUAGUUAAAAUAAUUUUUAAGUUUAUUAAUAAUAAUGAUGAUAAUUUUUAUAACGUUAUAAAAGUUAUUUUAAAUAAGCAUAUUGCUAAAUAUAUUUAUAAACUUUUAAAAUUUGUGUGUAAAGUUUUGUACCUAAGUAAAUGUAAAAAAAAAUGUUUCCAUUUAAAGUCACAAUUUGAGGGAUAUUAUAUCGAAAAAAAAUAUUUUCCAAAAUAUUCAUUAAUAAAAACAUAUUUAAUAAAUAUAUACUAUAAUGUUUUUAAAAAUUUGUGCAUUAUUCUUACGAAACAUAAAAACAGUUUAAGACAAAAUGGUUACCUACCUUUCAAAGGAAACAACAAUAAUGAAUAUAAUGGUGAUAAUUAUAAAACUAAAAAAUUUAGUGGUAACAACAGGUAUAUCAUGCACACUCACAAAAAUGGUGAAAAUAUACGAGGAAACUUUUUAAAGAUUUUAAAAAAAAAAAACGAUUCAUAUGGGAAUAUAACUAGUAACCAAAAUUAUAAUACCAAAGGCUGGCUUCUAAAAAGUGGGAAAAAUGGAGCAAAUAAUUAUAAACAGCUCUUUCGAGUUAUUUUGAUUUUCUUUAAAUAUAAUCCUUCCUAUUAUUUAAAUAAAAUAUUGUCAGAAAAAAGGAAAAAAAAAAUAAAAUAUUUUACUAAUUUAGCAAAUGACAUUAUUACAGUCUCUGGGUUGUCUCAUAAAAUUUGUGCUUUUCAAAAAAUAAAUAAAAGUUAUUUUAUGUGUGAUAAUAAUAUUUUAAAGGACAAAUUGUCAAAGGAUAAUAUAUUUCAUCGAGUUAAAUUCAUUUAUUUUUAUAAAAAAGGCAAAGAUAAUGGAAAUAUUAACUAUAUAACUAUAAAAAAAAAUAAUAAACAUAGUAAAAAGAACAUUCAAAGAAUAAAUUUAUGCUCUUUUAAAGAUCCUGAUUGUCUUAAAAAAAAAAAAAAAAAAAUUAAUAAUAAAAAAAUGAAUAGAACGAAGUAUAUGAAAAUUAAAAAAAACAAUGUAAAAACUGUUCAUUGUAAAGAUAAAGUUAUAUUAUCUUUAUGCAAAUAUUUGAACAACUUCCUAAGAAUUAUAUUUUAUAUUUUUUCAUUUAAAAAACAGAACAAGACUAUUUGUUCUAGCUAUAAUAAAAUUGUAAAAAAUGAAUUUAUCAAUUUUAUUUUCAAAAAAAAAACCCAAAAUAUCCAUUUUAUAUUUAAUAUUAAUAAUAGCUCUCUUUUUAACUUACUAAAAAAAAAUAACUUAGCUUUUAAAAAUAUGAUUCGUUUUGAAAAACAACCUAUAAAAGUUUGUGCUAUUAAGCUAAAAAUAAAAAAUGAUAUUCCAUUCUUUUAUGCAUUUAGAAAAAAACAAUAUAAUAAUUUAAGAGAGUUCUUAAAUUUUGAAAAAAAAUCAUUUUACUCACAAAAUGGGUGUUGUCUAUUUUUUUUUUUAUAUCAAUUUGUUAAGAAAAAACAAAAAAUAAUUUUUAAAAUUUGUUCAAAAAUUAAAGAUAUUAUUUCAAAUAUUAAGAAUGAAAAUUAUAUUAGCAUUUUAAAAAACUUACUAAUACUAAAAAAUUUUCUAUAUUAUCAUAAAAGUCUAUUUGAGCAUGUUUUAAGAAUAUUGGAAAAUUAUCAUAACCGGACUUUUAUUUAUGAUUCAUUUUGUUACGAAACUAAUUUUAAUGAGGAAAAUACAAGAAAUCAUCAAGUAGGGAAGACAAAUGAAAAAAGCAAUAAGGGAAUAAAUUACAAAUGCGUGCAAAUUAUUGCUUCAGACAUGUUACAAUGUAAACAAUGCACAUAUUUCAAUAAAGAAAAACCAUCAAUGCAUAUCUACGAAAUGAAUAUUGAUUCUUAUAUUAAGGCCAGUUUAUUAUUCACACAGUUAUUUUUGUAUAUUUUUUCUUUAUAUAUAAAUGUUUUGUUAAAAAGCUUGAUAAAAUAUAGAUCAAAUGUAAAAAAAAAAUAUAUACUUAUGAAAAUUAUAAUUAUAAACAAAUACGGAAUUUUGCAGACAAAGCAUAGUAUUAGCGGGGUGAUAACAAAUUUAAAAAAAUUCAUCAAAAAAAAAAAAAAAAUGAAAAAAAAAAAAAAUAACGAUAAUUUUUUUUACAGAUCAAGCAUUUUGUCUUUAACUUAUUAUAUUAUAAAAACAUGGAAGGUUUUGACUAAUCUAUCAAAGAUGUAUAAUUACAACAUUAAGUAUAACAAUAAUAUGAAAAUAAUUCUAAUAAAUUUUGUAUUAAUGUUAUUAAGAGAUAUGAAUAGUUUGUUUAUAAAAAACAAUAAAUGUUUUAUUAAAGAUAAUAAAAAAUGCUCAUCAAAAAAAUGGGCAUAUUACAAAAUGAGGGGAGAAAGUAUGUACUAUAUAUUGGGAAAUCACCUAGCAUAUAUGUUUUUUAAAAAAAAAUUUCUUUAUUUUUUUGAAUCAUUUAUUUUUUAUAUUUCAAAAUAUUAUAAUAAUGUGUCUAAUAAAACCAAACUAGAGAACCUAUCGAAUGAAGUUAUACGUAAAAUAAUUUAUCGAAGUAAGGAAAAAGAUACGACAUUAAUUUACAAAUAUUUUGAGUUUGAUGAAACAGUUUUAAAAUUUUAUUCAAAUUUUAUAAACUAUAUAAUAAAAAGUAAAAGAAUAAAAGAAAGAAAUUGUAUACAGAGAAAAAUCGAGUUUCUUUCCUUCGACCACACAAUAUAUACCUUAUUUUCCAGAAUGACAUACUUUAGAAAAUUUAUAAUAAAUUCAAAAAAUAAAAUAUACAUAAGAAUGAUAAAUAAAUAUUAUUUGUUUUUAAUUAUAUUAAUAUGCUACAAAAGGAAAAAAGAAAAAAAUAUUUCAAAAUUUAUGACAAUUUUUUUAAAAAUACUUGUCUUAUUGUCUGAGCAAAAAAAUAUUGCUUUGCAACUCUAUUUUUAUAAAAUUAAAAUUUUAGAAUUUUUGUUACAUUAUAUUAAAGGUGGAUGCUUUGAAAUAAGAAAAAAAGAAAAAAAUGGGAUAUCCAAAAGUAAUAAAAUAAACUUUAUUAUUAGUGCUAAUAAAAAAAGACAGUCUACAAAUAAGGGUGCUUGCGAUAUGGCUUACCAAAAAUAUGUUGAUAAAAAUUGUACUAAAAUACAUAUUUCUUCUAAUUCGAAUCAUAAUACAAAUUCUCAAUGUAAUAAACAUGAUAAGAAAACAAUAUUGGGGAAAAAUAUUAUACCUCCAUUAUGUUUAGACAAAAUUAUAAAAUCUUCUAAUUCUUUUGUUAAUUGUGCAUCUUAUGAAUAUGAUGAAAAUUUUAAUAUUUUUUCAGAUGAAAUAUCAUCAAAAAUAAUGAAGCAUGUAUUUGGAAAAUAUAUAGAUAAGAUUGAAUAUUCGAAAAAUAUUUCUACAAAUAAGUUAGUAUUAGCAAGUGAAGAAUGCUAUGGAAAUAAAAAUUUGAAACACAAUUUUCAUAAAGUGGAAGGGAAAUACUUAAAAUGUGAAAAUUAUAAUUUAAUUGAUCAAAUUAAAUAUAAAAACCGAUAUAAAGAUAAACUAAAUGAUGAAAUUAUUUCCAUUAAGACAUGGAUUAUUCUAUUAAUUUUUUCCUUAAUAACUUCAUACAAUAAAAAAUGCCUUAACGAUUUAUAUUUUAAUGAGAAUUAUUAUGAUGAAUAUCAAAAUAUAAAUAAAAAGAUUGAAAAAAAAGUAUUUAAAAAAAAUAAAAAAAUAAAAAAAUUGCUAAAAAUAUGGUUAAAAAUAUUUGAUAAAUAUUUCCAUUUUUCUGAGUUAAUCAAUUCAGAGAAUUUACCCAUCAUACAAAUUAUUCAAUCUUUCAUAAAUAGUAUUAACCAUAUUAGGAAAAAAAAAAAAAUUAUUGAAAAUAUAAAAAACGAAAGAAAGAAAUAUUUUAUCAAUGAUCAAGUAAAAUCAAUACUCUACCAUUUGUCUGUUGUAAAAAAUUUAAAAAAUAUAACAUUCUUAAAAAAAAUAAAUGAGCAUGGUAAUGGAAAAAUAUUUUUAUGUUCUUAUAAUAUAUUUAAUAAUAAAUUUUUUAUAAUAAAAUUAAUAGAUAUAGCUAACAAUAUAAAUGAAAAUUAUAUUUUUAAAAAUAUUUUUAAUGAAGUUAAAUGUCUUCUCACUUUUCAAAACUCAAAAAAAGGGAUAUGCCAAAUGUAUAGUUAUGGAAUUAUUCCAAAUUGUAAUAAUAAUGGUUUUACUUAUUAUUUGCUUAUGAAAUAUUAUGAAGGCAAUUUAAAGGAUCUAAUGAAUUAUGCACACAUAAGUUAUUUAAAAGAGAUAAAAAAAAUCCGAAAUAAUGCAAAGCAGUUUUUUUUACCGAUUGUGUGUAAGAAAAGAACAGAAGAAAUAAUUUUAAAUUUUAAAAUAGCGAAAAUUACUAAAAAAAUUACAAAAAGGUGUAAAGGAAAUUUUAUAUUUUGCUACAAAUAUCUAUGUAGAUAUACUAAUGUGUAUUCUUGUUACACUAUGAUAUUAAAAAAUCGGAUUUAUAUAAAAAUAAUUCAGUUGAAAUUUAUUUUAUUUAUUUUAAAUAUUUUUAUUCAAAUAAUAGAACAAAUUAUUUAUGUACAUAAAAAAAAAAUUAUUCAUUUUGAUAUUAAUACAUGCAAUAUUUUGAUCAAUUUUAAAAAAACAUACCCAUUAUUAAUGUCUAAAAAAUAUAAAAUAAAAAAAAAUAACUAUAUUAACAAUUGUAAUACUAAGCAGACUCUUAAAAAUAUUCAAUCUCAAAUUGUUAUGAGAGAUGAUUUUGUAGAAAAUGAAAGGAAGAUAUAUUUAAAUUUCAUUCCCCCUUCAUAUCAAAUUAAUAACUCAAUCUAUAAAAAACAAAAUAAAUUUUAUAAUAAUUUUGAUACAUCAAUGGCUAGUUUUCAUUAUAGACAAUAUUUUAAGAUCAUAAUGAAAAAAAAAGAUUGUCAACACAUAGCUAUUCCAUCAAUAGUUAUAAGCGAUUUUGGAGAAAGUAAGUUUUUUUUAAGAGAUACAGACUUUAUUUUUUUCAGAAAAAAUCGAGGAAAUGAAAUAUUAGCAGCCCCCGAACUUUUGAUCAACAAAAAUAAAUAUAUAUAUUCAAAAAAUAAGUACAAAAUUGAAAAAAAAAAUGGAAAAGAAGAUACUGAAAUCAAAUCAAGAAAAGCAAUACAAGAUAGUUUUUACUUUGAAAAUAUCCCCCAAAAUAUCAUUUUUCAAAACGAACAAAGUGAAAUGAACUAUUUUUAUAGUACUAUUACAUGCUUUGAAAAUAAUUGUAAAUUUUCAUGCUUAAAUACAAAAAAUGACAAAAUACGUAUACUUCGUUACAAUAAUAUAAAUAUGAAAAAAAGUUUAAGAAAAAAUUCAAUUGUAUCAUUAGAAUUUUAUAAAUAUUUAAAAAAAAUAAAAAUGUUAAUAAAAAAAAAAUUGGGAAAUCAGAAAAAACUUCAAAAAAAAAAAAUAAACAUGUCUAAAAGUGACAUAUGGUCAUUAGGAUCUUUAUUAUACGAAAUGAUUACUAAUGAAAGUUUGUUCAAUUAUUAUAAUUUUAUUUAUAUAAAGAUUUACGAAAAAAAAGAAUUAUUAAAUGAACUUAUUAAUAAGAAAAUUAAAACGCAGUUUAAGGAAUUGAAAUAUUUUUUUAAUUUUUUUUUUCAAUUUGAUUUAAAAAAGAGAAAAGAUGUUUAUGAGAUAUAUAAGGAAAGUAUUAAAAUUUAUAAUUUUUACUCCAAUAAAUUAGAAAGUAAAGAAGAAAUAUUAAAAAAAAAAAAUUUUUAA